UACCAACAAACCAUUAACCUAACACCACAACUCUAUCUCUGCAUUCAACGAAACAUAUCUCUAUCACAAUGUCUGACAGCACCUUCCACACCACCAUUCAGGACAUUCGCAAGCCAGAGUCUCACGCUUCCCAUGCUGCUAAGGGCAACACUCCUAAGGAUUCUAAUGUCUCCGCAAUGAAGUCCAUUAUCGACCAGAACACAGACAAGCAAGCCGACAUCGAAAAGACCAAGGCCAACCUGCCAUUACCAGACCAGCCCCCUGUCGCUAGUGACUGGAAUUCCGCCGAUCAGCGAGCUGUCAAUGUUGGUUCCGGCGGUAUCGAAGGACCCAUCUCAGGCGAGAACAACUCUGCUCUCCGAGGUCCAGCCACAGCCUCAAGCAGUGCUCGCGAGGUCGGAGAGGAGACGCACAGGAACACACAGCCAACUAGCAAUGUUGGUCGGGGAGACCUCCCUGCCGAUGCUCAGGCUCGGUAACCCAUGAUUCUCAUUGUUUGCAGCAUAGCGAUGUGAUACGAACAAAACGAAGACAUAAUGAUGAUUUCUCCAUGAUCUCCU